AUGAGUGGGAAAGGAUUGUAUAUCUGUAGUGUUGUCUUAUUAAUUGUGAAUGGACAAAAUGAAUGUUCCUCUGAUAGCAGAUGCACCUGUCGAACAUUCGAUCACUUUAGGAUUUUGGCGAAUUGCUCUCACCUUAACUUGACAACUUCACCAGUUUUUCAUAAUAACAACUCCCGAGUGUUUUGGAUUGAUUUAAGUUACAAUUCCUUGACGAACUCUCCCUUGAAAGGAACCUUACCCGAUCAAUUGCAAUGGAUGGAUAUUUCACACAACAUAAUUUCAAAAUUUCCGAAAGAUUCAUUUAGUGGACUACAACAUCUGAAAGUACUUAACAUAAGCAACAAUCAAUUGAUGCUUAACCAAACUAUCUUUUACAAUGAAGUUUUUCGGGAUCUAAAAUCAUUAGAACAUCUGGACAUACAGAAAAACUUGCAUCAGGAAACUGGAUUUCCAAGACAAUAUCCAGACCAGGCAAUCGGGCAACUAAAAUCACUUACAAACUUGGCCAUGGAUGGAAUUCCGGGAUAUAUUUUGGGAUCCGGAUUUUUAGAGAAUUGUCUAUUAGAGACACUUAAUUUCACUGGUGUGACCGGAAUUUGUAAAAUAUAUAACUUAACAGAGGAUUUCUUUUCUAAUGUCCCUAGUCUCAAAUAUCUAGAUCUCAGUCACUGUGCACUGAAUCAAACAAGGAAAACAUUCAGCAGAAGCCUGCAGAAUCUUGUAUAUUUAGAUGUAUCUUACAAUCGCCAACUGACCAUGUGUGGACUGAAAAAUAUCACAGAGGGUUUAAAUUCAACAUCGAUAAAAGUUUUAAAAGCAAAAGGAAUAUACUGCACUUUGGGUAGAGGAAUUUAUGUGGCAAGGAAUUUUUUAUCAUCCUUACAAAAUUCCAGCCUUGAAGAAUUACACCUCGACGAAAACAGAAUGGACUAUAUGUAUCCUGCAAUAUCUCUUAUCAUUCCUUCAUCGUUGAAAUCACUCUCUCUAGUUGGAAACAGGUUAACACCAGGGAUAUACAUGUAUCGAGAUUUUUCUACUGUCACUGGCCUUGAGGUUCUUGAUAUAGGUUUUCAACACCGACAUCCGAAUGAUCUGCCACUGCAUGAACAGUAUCUAUGUGAUGACUACAACAGGUCUUUUGAAUGUGAAUCUAGGAACAGAGAUACUUAUCCAUACAACCAACAAAUGCAAGACUGGCCAGUUCAAAAACAUGCUACACCAACCAACAAAGCGUCAUGUGACGACGCUAGUAUCGUAGAUUUAAGUAUUCCAAAAAAUUUGAAAUCUCUUCAUUUUGACUUUUCACGUGUUGGAAGUACCAUAGAAGGCGUGACGCUUGGGUAUUAUCAUAAAAUUGAAAAUUUCAGCAUCAGAGGCAAUACAUUCACUGAAUGGAGAGGCCCAUUAUGUAAUGUUUCAACGUUGAAAUACAUGGAUCUCUCAGAAAAUUUGUGUUCAAAAGUCUCCAGUUAUUUCUUUGACAAUUUUUCGAAUUUGAAAACUCUUCUUUUAGAAUCGAAUUACCUUGUCUAUCCAUUAUCGCAAGACAAACAGGGUCAAAUUUUUAAGGGACUAAGAAACCUUGAGCAUCUGAGUCUUUUUAACAACAGAAUUGAUAAAUUGCCACAGAAAAUAUUUAAAGGAUUAAUUAGUUUGAAAACUCUUAAUCUCAGUACAAAUGGUCUGAAGGACAUAACAUUCAGCAUGAAAUAUUUUCACUUGUCAGCUUUAGAUCUGUCGAGUAACUAUGUUCAAUAUUUGUCCAAAACAAGCAUGAUGGAACUCGAUAACCAUCACGGAAUUUCAGUAAAUUUGAUGAACAAUACGCUUGUUUGUACAUGUGAAUCUAUUCCAUUCCUUAAAUGGAUGAAGGAAAGACUAAGAAACACUGAUAAACGUGUGUAUUUUAUUAGUUUUCAUUCAUAUAGAUGCAGAGUCUCAAAUGGUACCUCGUUGUCACUGUAUUCAUAUUUGGAGGCAGAACUUUCUAGACUUGAGCGAAAUUGCUUCAAGACUGAAGGAUACGUCGUAGCUUUAUUAACAUUUGGAAUAAUAGGUGUUUUAGCUAUACUUAUUGCAUUUCUGGUGAACAAACAGAAAUGGAAGAUACGAUACUUUUUAUAUGUUGCAAAACGAGAACUUAUGAAAAGAAACUAUGAACCACUGAGAAAUACCGAAGACUAUAAUUACGAUGUUUUUGUAUCCUACGCCGACGAAGACAGGACAUUUGUUUUACAAGAGGUUAUGCCAAGAUUUGAGGAAAAGUUUCAUGUGUGCAUUCAUGAUAAGGACUUCAUUCCAGGUUCAGAUAUUGCAGACAAUAUUAUUGGUGCCAUCAGAAACAGUAGAAAGACCCUGCUGGUCAUUUCCAAGCACUUCAUAAAGUCAGAGUGGUGUAUGUAUGAAUUUAACAUGGCGCUCUUUGAAGAGAAGUUUACACGUAAAUCACAUUCGCUAAUAUUCAUUUUCAAGGGAGACAUCGCAAUUGAAAAAUUGCCUUUAAAAAUGGCAGAAGCCAGGGAUUCUACUGUUUUUGCCGAUUUUCCUGUAAAUGCAGAGGACGAAGCAAUCUUUUGGCAAACAUUAGAAAGAGCACUUUUAGAUCAAGUCUUAUAAAGAUUCAUGCAUUCAAAACAUUGCAAUCUAUGUGUUAUUCAGCUUUCAUAUGGUUGAACAUGAAGA